CUUUGACGAUUACGACUGUUGCACUCAUAUAUAAAUAGAAAGGUGGUUGUGUUUUCACAUUCAGUAGGGUGGUGCACCGUACCCCGUACAUGAUAAUACUGAUGGUGUUGUGACAGAAGGACAAGUUGGGGGUUAUGUAUAGAACGUCAAUCCUUGGUGACCCAGUUCCCACUGAUGAUAGUGGAGUAGACAAGACACAAGAGGAGAUGAUGGUCAAGGUGAGAGGUGAGGGUGGGUGAAAUUGGAUCAGCAUCAAAGUCUCAUGAUGUUAUCAUUAACAUAUGUGAGUCUGAUGAAUUAUUGAUUCACUGAAGAGGAUCCCAAUGGAGGUGAUCGCCUCAUUUUGAUUUGAGUAGGACCGCGUUAUGAGAGCGGGGUGAGGUCGGCAAGGAGAAGGAUGGAUCAGAAUAGUCAUAGAUGGAAAAAAAAAUGCAAGGAGUAAUUAAGAUUAAUAGGAGUAAUGUGGAUGAAGAAGAAACAGCUAGGCUAGGCACAUAAGAAGAUGAUUAAUGGGCAAAAUCAAUCCAAUCCCCCUCAUCGCGUCGCGUGAGAAGAGAGGAGGAAAUGGCAUCCUCGAGAUUGCAUUUUGUCGUCGAUGAUCCGGUCCAUUCCGGCGCCGGCGUUCACAUUACACACCCAACCAAUAUCCUCACCAGUACUACUAUUCCAUUCUGCUACUAGUAUACUCCUUCAGUAGUGCAGUAUUUUUCUUGUAUAAAUAAUACUCUAGGAGUGUACUAAUACUCCUAGAGUAGUCUUGUUUCACCUACCCCCGUUCCGUUCCUUGUAUGAAUCCAUUGCCUUGCUUCUGCUUGCCCAUUUGAUGAUUUGAUUUGAUUUGAUUCAAUCUCCAAAUCGAUCGAUUUCUCCUCCUCCAUAGGAGAAGGAGAUACACGUGAUGUCCAACCGGCGUCGCAAGCGCGGCGAAUCCAAGCCCCAAGCCCACGACGCCGGCGACACCACGCCCAUCGACAACAUACUCACCUCCCUCGACGACGCCCCGCCACCGCCACCUCCACCGCGCCACGAGCUCCCCCUCCUCCAGCUCAACGACCACCAAGAGGCAGAUGACGCUGACGCCUCGUCGUCGUCGUCGCCGCACCAGCAGCGGCGGCUGUGGGUGAAGGACCGGUCGCGCGCGUGGUGGGAGCUGUGCAGCAGCGCCGACUACCCGGAGGCCGACUUCCGCCGCGCCUUCCGCAUGUCCCGCCCCACCUUCCACUUCCUCUGCGACGCGCUCGCCGCCGCCGUCGCCAAGGAGGACACCGCCCUCCGCGCCGCCAUCCCCGUCCGCCAGCGCGUCGCCGUCUGCGUCUGGCGCCUCGCCACGGGGGAGCCACUCCGCGUCGUCUCCAAGCGCUUCGGCCUCGGCAUCUCCACCUGCCACAAGCUCAUCCUCGAGGUCUGCGCCGCCAUCCGCAACCUCCUCAUGCCGCGCUUCCUCCACUGGCCCGACCACCCCACCUCCACCGCCUACAAGACGCGCUUCGAGGCCACCUCGGGUGUCCCGGGGGUGGUGGGCGCCAUGUACACCACGCACAUCCCCAUCAUCGCCCCCAAGGUCUCCGUCGCCGCCUACUUGAACCGCCGCCACACGGAGCGCAACCACAAGACCUCCUACUCCAUCACCCUCCAGGGCGUCGUCGGCCCCGACGGCACCUUCACCGACGUCUGCAUCGGGUGGCCGGGGUCCAUGAGCGACGAGCAGGUGCUCCGCAAGUCGGCGCUGCACCAGCGGGCGUCGGCGGCGGCUGGGUCGAUGUCGUGGGUGGUGGGCGGCGCGAGCUACCCGCUGACGGAGUGGAUGCUGGUCCCCUACGCGCAGCGCAACCUGACGUGGACGCAGCACGCCUUCAACGAGAAGGUGGGCGAGGUCCGGCGCGUGGCCACGGAGGCGUUCGUCCGCCUCAAGGGGCGGUGGGCGUGCCUGCAGAAGCGCACGGAGGUGAAGCUGCAGGACCUCCCCGCGGUGCUCGCCGCCUGCUGCGUCCUCCACAACAUCUGCGAGACCAGGGGGGAGGACAUGGACCCCGACCUCCGCUGCGACCUCCCCCCCGACGAGGAGGAGGACGACACCGUGCUUGUGCAGUCGGAGUCCGCCAACAAGGUGAGGGACGACAUCGCGCACAACCUCCUCCACCGCGGAUUGGCCGGCACCGCCUUCUUCUGAUCAUUUCGAUUUCCGUCCCAAUCUGCACUACAAACACUGUAUUGAGGUUUCCCUCCUCCCCUCCUGUUUGUUCUUGUUAUUGCUAUAGAUUAGUUUAGGUGCUCCACUCAACAACAACAAUAACACAAGAUUGAAAUGUGAUGCUUUGCCCUCCUCGUUAAUAAAUCACUGGAAUACAUCGCUUCGUUUCAAAA